GUUCAUUUUCUGUUUCCCUCUGAACCAAAUUCUGAUCUCCCUUUCAUAGUCUUAUCUUUCCCACUGCAUUGACAGGAACCAUACUUACAACACUCCAAGACCCCACUAACCUAAAUAUCUCUUUAAACCAAUAUCUUCAACAAACACUUCUUGCAAGAGAACUGAAACCCAAUUUCUUUAAACCCUAACCCCAUGGAACUCUCGCGCCUCUUUGUUUCCGACACGUGCUUCUUCUCCCCUCCGAUUCGCUAUUCGCCUGUGCCGGCACUAUCCACCUUUUUCGCCGUAAACCUCCGCAUUAACCGCCGCCAGAGGAGGAGCCUUUGCUCGGCCUCCAACCAUGAUACCUUACUCGCAGGCGGUGGUCCUGUAGUCGCCGGCGACAGAGAGAAGCACGAGGAGGACUUGAAAUCUUGGAUGCACAAACACGGCCUCCCGCCGUGCAAGGUUGUUCUGAAGGAUAAACCUUGCCACAAUGAUCCCCAUAAGCCUAUACAUUACGUUGCAGCAAGUCAAGAUCUUCAGGUUGGCGAUGUUGCAUUCUCCGUUCCUAAUUCCUUAGUUGUUACGCUGGAGAGGGUAUUGGGAAACGAGACUGUUGCUGAGCUAUUGACAACAAACAAAUUGUCUGAAUUGGCGUGCUUGGCAUUAUAUCUGAUGUAUGAGAAAAAACAGGGGAAGAAGUCCUUCUGGUAUCCAUACAUCAGGGAGCUUGAUCGUCAACGAGGUAGGGGCCAGCUUUCAGUGGAAUCACCUCUUCUAUGGUCAAAAUCUGAGCUGGACUACCUGUUAGGAAGUCCAGUUAAGGAUGAAGUUAUUGAAAGGAUAGAAGCAAUAAGAAAAGAGUAUAACGAACUCGACACAGUUUGGUUCAUGGCAGGAUCUCUGUUUCAGCAAUAUCCGUAUGACAUUCCCACUGAGGCUUUUUCAUUCGAGAUUUUCAAACAAGCCUUUGCUGCUAUUCAGUCUUGUGUGGUGCAUUUACAGAAAGUUAGUUUAGCUCGGAGAUUUGCUUUAGUUCCCUUGGGACCUCCUCUAUUGUCCUAUCAAAGCAACUGCAAGGCAAUGUUAACUGCUGUUGAUGGUGCUGUUGAGCUUGCAGUUGAUCGUGCAUAUAAAGCUGGGGACCCGAUUGUCGUCUGGUGUGGCCCACAACCUAAUUCAAAGUUACUAAUAAACUAUGGUUUUGUUGAUGAAAAUAAUUCCAAUGAUCGUCUAAUAGUUGAGGCAGCUUUAAAUACUGAAGAUCCACAAUAUCAAGAUAAAAGAAUGGUGGCUCAAAGAAAUGGAAAAUCAUCAGUUCAAGUUUUUCGUGUAUAUUCUGGGAAGGAAAGGGAAGCUGUCUUAGAUAUGCUUCCUUAUCUGCGUUUGGGCUAUGUUUCAGAUCCUUCUGAAAUGCAAUCUGUCAUCUCCUCCCAAGGUCCAGUUUGUCCUGUAAGCCCUUGUAUGGAACGGGCCGUGUUGGACCAGCUGGCAGAUUAUUUCAAGACUCGGCUGACCGGGUACCCUACAACAUUGGCUGAAGAUGAAUCUAUGCUGGAAGAUGGUAAUUUGAAUCCAAAGAAGCGAGUUGCUACCCAAUUUCUUAGGCUGGAAAAAAAAAUCCUUCAUGCCUGCUUGCAUGCAACAACUGAUUUCAUAGACCAGCUUCCAGAUCACAGUAUAUCUCCCUGCCCUGCUCCGUAUGCACCUUUAUUAAAAUGAAAGGAACUGGAUGUCUGUACUGUACAAAUAUAUGGAUUUGGUGAACCAGGUCAAUUACAGUAGUAUAUUUGAAUCACAGCUCAAUGAACAAUGAUGCAAGAAUUCUGGAUUUAAAAGGUUACGGCUGGGCUUUUACCCCUGAAGAUAAAAUUUCAAUGUGUUCGUGUCCCUUGAAUUAGGCGUUGCUUCAUUCUCUGGGUAAGGAAACAUCAUUGAUCAAAUUUGUUUCACUGUCUUACUGUAGUUGCACUGAUCCUUAUAUUUGAGUGUUGGAACGACAUCUUCUGUAAAUGGAUACUUGAAUCACAAUAUCUAAUUCAAUUGUGUAUAUAGUUCUAUCGAUUUUGCACGUCAAACCAUCUGAUUGUAUUUUUACUUAAAAAAUUGGAAUAUAUCGAUGUGUACUUUUCA